AUGUCGGGCGUACGGGAAAUACCGGCGGAGGACAGCAUCAAGGUGGUGUGCCGUUUUCGGCCACUGAACGACAGCGAGGAGCUCGCCGGCUCAAAGUUCGUCGUGAAGUUCCCAUCCGGACCGGAGGAAAACUGUCUCUCGAUCGGGGGCAAGGUGUACCUGUUCGACAAAGUGUUCAAACCGAACGCGACACAGGAGAAGGUGUACAAUGAGGCGGCAAAGUCGAUCGUUUCGGACGUGCUGGCCGGCUACAACGGCACAAUCUUCGCGUACGGUCAGACGUCAUCCGGUAAGACGCACACGAUGGAGGGCGUGAUCGGUGACCCGGCCAAACAGGGCAUCAUACCGCGCAUCGUGAACGACAUCUUCAACCACAUCUACACGAUGGAGAUGAACAUCGAGUUCCACAUCAAGGUGUCGUACUAUGAGAUCUACAUGGACAAGAUCCGCGAUCUGCUGGACGUGUCGAAGGUGAACCUGAGCGUGCACGAGGACAAGAACCGGGUGCCGUACGUGAAGGGUGCAUCGGAACGGUUCGUCUCCAGCCCGGAGGAGGUGUUCGAGGUGAUCGAGGAGGGCAAAUCUAAUCGCCACAUCGCGGUAACCAACAUGAACGAACACUCGUCCCGGUCGCACUCGGUGUUUCUCAUCAACGUCAAGCAGGAAAACAUGGAGAACGAGAAGAAGCUGUCCGGUAAGCUGUAUCUGGUCGAUUUGGCCGGUUCGGAAAAGGUGUCGAAAACGGGCGCCGAGGGUACGGUGCUGGACGAGGCGAAAAACAUCAACAAAUCGCUGUCGGCGCUCGGCAACGUUAUCUCCGCACUGGCAGACGGCAACAAAACUCACAUCCCGUAUCGUGACUCCAAGCUGACACGUAUCCUGCAGGAAUCGCUCGGUGGCAAUGCGCGCACCACCAUCGUCAUCUGCUGUUCGCCCGCCAGUUUCAACGAGUCGGAAACGAAGUCAACGCUUGAUUUUGGACGCAGAGCAAAGACGGUAAAGAACGUGGUAUGCGUGAACGAGGAGUUGACGGCGGAAGAAUGGAAGCGACGGUACGAGCGGGAGAAGGACAAGAACACGAAGCUGAAGGGAAAGAUCGAGAAGCUCGAAGCGGAACUGGCCCGGUGGCGGGCGGGUGAAACGGUUAACGUGGAGGAGCAGCUCGAUCUGCAGCAGGACGCUAUGGAGGCGAGUACACCGAACGUGGAGGUGCUGCUGGGACAACCGGCCGAUCUACCCGUGCCGGCGACACCGGGCGGUGGCGGUCUACCGUUAUCGGCCGAGCGCGAUACGCUCGAGGUCGAACGGGAGCGUCUGUACCAGCAGCUGGAUGAGAAGGAUGAGGAAAUCAACCAGCAGUCGCAGUACGUAGAGAAGCUGAAGGAGCAAAUAAUCGACCAGGAAGAGUUGAUCGCUAACACGCGCCGCGACUACGAGAACCUGCAGUCGGAGAUGACCCGCAUUCAGCAGGAGAACGAGAAUGCCAAGGAGGAGGUGAAGGAGGUGCUGCAGGCGCUCGAGGAGCUCGCCGUCAACUACGACCAGAAGUCGCAGGAGAUCGAGCUGAAGAACAAGGAAGUCGACACAGUGAACGAAGAAUUGCAGCAGAAGCAGGCAACACUCAACACCGUCCAGUCGGAGCUGCAACAGCUGAAGGACAUGUCGUCACACCAGAAGAAGCGCAUCAACGAGAUGCUGACCAAUCUAUUGCGCGAUCUGUCCGAGGUCGGGCAGGCGCUCGCCGCUGACCAGAAUGAGAUGAAGAUGAACGUGGAAGCGUCCGCCGGCAAGGUGGAGGAAGAGUUCACCGUCGCCCGGCUCUACAUCAGCAAGAUGAAGUCGGAGGCGAAGAACCUGUCGGCACGGUGCGCCAAUCUCGAAUCGUUGCAGCAGGAAACCUGCCGGAAGGUGGGCGAUUACGAGAAGGAGCUGAGCGAAUGUCGGUUGCUGAUCUCGCAGCACAAAGCGCGCAUGAACUCGCUCCAGGAGUCGAUGCGUGAGGCGGAGAACAAGAAGCGCACGCUGGAGGAAAACAUCGAUGCGUUGCGCGAGGAGUGUGCAAAGCUGAAGGCGGCGGAACAGGUGUCGGCAGUGAACGCGGAGGAGAAGCAACGUGCCGACCAGCUGAAGGUGGCGUUCGAAAGCCAGAUGGACCAGUUGCGCGAUGUGCACACCAAGCAGGUGUCGGCACUGCGCGACGAAAUUUCCGAGAAGCAGGAGCUAAUCAACGAACUGAAGGACACCAACCAGAAGCUGACACUUGCCCACCAGCAGAUGACGGCCGACUACGAGAAGCUGAAGCAGGAAGAGCAGGAAAAGUCGUCCAAACUGCAGACACUUAUGUCAGUAUCACCUUCCCUACACUCGCUUCUACUAACAUCGCCACAGCAUACCUUCCACCACCAUCAUCAAUCUAAUCUUGAUUCGAACAAGCUCCUAGAACAGCAACAGCAGCAGCAGCAGCAGCAGUAUCAUGAAAAGCAACCCGAUUGGUUUGCGCUGGAGGCGGAAACGCUUCCCUCUAAGCAAUCCCUUUCACCCACCGGUUCUCACUCCGGUCUGGCGUCGCCCGUCUCGUCCAGUCUUGGGCAGUUGGGCGGCCCGACCCAGACCGCAUCGCUAGUGCGCCUGCUGCAGGCAGUCCUCAGUGAGGAUGAGCAGCAACAGCAGUGUAGGACAUCGGUGUCCAACAAUGCGGCAGUCUCUUCCACCUCACCCACGCAUCCAGGCGGCCAACGUCUGUCGAAGCGGGACAAGAACCGUGCAAACGAAGAGAACGCCAAACUAACGCCAUCAUCCACGCCGGAACGGCACCAACAGCAACCAACCCGUAAGCGCACCGCUAAAUCGCGCCGGAUGCUUAACUUCCGAGCGAAGCGUGACGACGAGCGGGAAAUGCCCGGUCUGGCGGCGGCGGUAUCAAACCCCCCUUCCCGGCAGCAGCACGCCCAGUCACAGCCCCGUUGCCGUUCGGCCGAUUCCUCCCCCGCACCGUGCGCCGGCAUGGAGCUGGAAAGUGUGUGCGGUUGGCCGGGCCGACUGAUUAGCUCACUGCUGCCGAAGGGCAUGCCGACGCUCCAGUUGCAUCUGCUCAUUUCGCUCACGAUGGUGCUGCUAACGCACCGCUGUCCACAGUUUAUGCUGGUGCUGUAA